AGUAUUUACUAUUACUUAAUUUACGUUCUAUCCAAGUUUUUGAUAAAUUUUAGAAUAGUAACAAAAUAUACUAUGAACGCUCUUCUCUGAUUUAUGUUUAAAAACACGUUUUUUUAAUCUCAAGAAUUGGUUCCUGAUUUUUCAUACAAUAUUUUUAUUUAAUUUAAGUUAUUUUAAAUGUGUACUUUCAACAAAUUAAAAUGGAAAUUGGAAAGCCAACAUCAUGGGUAUUAAAAUGUCUUAAAAAUUGCAAAAAUGUAACUUUAAUUACAUAUAAUUUAAAAUCUGGCCCGAAUAUAAUAGGCAGAUCUUUAACCAGUGAUAUUGUGAUAGCAAAUGAGAAUAUAUCUAGGAACCAUUGUCAGAUAUGGAUAGAGAAUAAUGAAAUGCCAGUUAUAAAAGAUUUGGGUUCUCCAAAUGGAACUUUUAUACAAAAUACAAGAUUAGAAAGACUUGAAGAAUAUAAAUUAAAAGACUCAGACCAUAUAAUUCUUUCAAAUAUUCAAAGAGGCGUGACUCUUGAAAUUUGUUCAAUUGAAGAAGAAGAAGUUAAACCUGUGCACCUAUUGUCAGAAAUGAAUAAUACUGUAUCAAAGAAGCCAAAGUUAGUGGCCGAAUCUUCCUCAAAAAACAAUUUAAUAGUUUCAAGAAAUAAUGAAGAAUUUUGUACCGACUUAAGUUCUGCCCAUAUAAUUACUAAGGAAAACAAACGCAACAACAUUAAAGAUGAACAAUACUAUAAAGAUAGAGAACGUUUGGCAACUGAAUGGGCUCUAAAAUUUAUGGAAAUUUUAAAUACUCCUGAUUCCGACAGCGAUAUUGUAUUAGAAAACAGCUCUGUGGCUGAUAGUAUAGAAGAAAGUUGUAACGUACAAGAAGAGAAAAAAUUGGUACUAACUCCUAAAAUAGUUCAGGACGAAGCAGUUGUAAUGGAGACUUCAGCACCAUUCUCCGAAACAAUUAAAAAUACUACAGGUAUUAUAACCGAAGAUCAAGAGGCUGAAGAUACUUAUGAAAUCAAUUCUACAAUGAAAAAAGAUUUUUUACUAAAGGAAAAUGUUCAAUGCGCUCAUAAAAUGUAUGGUCCUGAUUCAUUAUACACUGUAAACUACAAGUAUUUUCUUGAAGCUAUUAGCAGUAUUUGUGAAUGGAAUACCAAUUGGUUACAUGAGAGUACAGAUUUUAAAGAUAAAGAUAGACUGACAAAACCAUUGCCAAAAGUUAAAGAUCACUUUGAUAGUGUUCAAGAUUAUCUGUCAACUUUUAAACCAUUAUUUCUGUAUGAAAUUUGGAUAAAAAUAACUCAGUCCUACAAUAUAUAUAAAAGCCAAAUUUCAAAUUUAAGCUCUUGCAUCUUUUAUGAAUCAUCUAGUAACACGCCAUUGUUUUCAAUAAAAGUUAAAUGUUUGGAUAAAGAAUUUACAACUUCAAGCAAUCUUUUGGAUUCAAACAAUGCACCAUUAUGGUGUUUAUCAUGUGUUGGAGAAUUUGAUAAAAAAAAUAUACGACAUGGCCCAAACAACUUAAGACUUCCUGAUGUCGGCGAUUUACUUUUACUUACAAUGACAUCUGAUGACAAACUAAUUAUAAAUACAAAUGAUUCAAAAACUUCAGAUAAAAGAAAAAAAACUGUAUUUUUUGCUUACACGGAUGCAGUUAUUUCAAAUACAUUUCAAAAUAAAGAAGCAAAAAAAACUCAGAUUUUAUUUAAAUUACUAAUUACUGAGAAGUCACAUUCUAUCCCUAAUAAUACAUUUAUAAAUUUUUUGUGUUUAUUUCAUGUGUGUCCUGAACUUCGCCUGUUUCAAGCAAUAUGUAGUAUGAAGACAUCACCGUUAUGUGAUGCAAUUGUUAUGCCAGCUUUAUACAAAAAUUCAAUAAACAAUUUCCCCGUAUCUAGUUUAUUAAAUAACCCAAAUAAUUUGGAUUUCAAUCAAAAAGGAGCAGUAUCACUAUGUACUAGGCUAGCGUUAUCAGAUAAUCCAAAUAUUUGUUUAAUCAACGGAUAUCCUGGAACUGGAAAAACUCAUGUAAUCAUAAAUAUAAUACGAUGUAUCAUGACAACAAAACAAUGCAGUAAAUAUACAAAACUACUUCUAUGUACUUAUUCAAACAGUGCUGUUGACGAAUUGGCUCAACGACUUUUAGACAUUAAAGAAAAAAAUCCCGAUUUAAACUUUGUUAAAAUUGGACAAAAACAUUCUUCGAUAUCCUUGAGUGCGUUAGUUAAACAAAAAAUGGACAAAUUGGAUGAAAAAGUUUAUGUCAAAAAGUUACUUGAAAAUUUGAAUAAUACUUUAAGAGAAAUGAACAUAAUAAAAUGUCAAAAUGAAUCAAUAGUGGAUAGCUUAUUAGAAAACGAAAUUAAAAAAACAGAAUCUUACAUACAAUGCUUAUCUUCUGAAAAACACCCAUUGAAGAAGAUGCUUAUAAAAAAAUAUCUUGAAACUGAAAUCCUUAGCUCUGCGAAUGUCAUUAUUGCAACUUUAAAUUCAUGUUUAACAAAACCAAUGGAAAAUUUAUUUAUGCCUUCAUAUUUACUACAAAAUAAAAAUCAUGAUUAUUUUACAUGCAUUGUGGAAGAGACUGAGCUGAGUUUUGAACCAUUAAGUUUAUUACCUGUAUUAUUUGGAAUCAAUAAGAUAAUUUUAGUCGGAAAUUGUAAACUUCAAAAUCCAAUAGAACGAAGUGAAACUACUAAUGAAAAUGGCUUGAAUCAUUCACUAAUAAAACGUUUAAUUUCAUGGCAUAAUAAAAAUAUUGAGUCAGAUAUUUCGAAAAUACCAGUAAUUACGUUGGAUAUGCAGUAUAGAAUGCAUAAGGAAAUUAGUAAUUUUCCAUCUCGGUACUUUUAUAACAAUGCAAUCAAGAACUCUGCGACUGUACUAAAAUCCAAUCGACCACCUUUACAACCUUACCUGUUAUUAGAUCACACAUUUUCACAUAACAUUGCAGAUGAUAUAAACGAGAAUGAAGCAAAACUUAUUGCAAAUAUAGUAAAAGUAUUAAUUACAAGAAUUCAGAAUUUAAGUAUAACAAUUGCAGUAUUGAGUGAGAACCAACAUAAAACUACAAAAAUUAUAUUUAAAAAAAUUUUGCCAAGCAGUUUAAAUGAAAGAAUGACGUUUCAGAUUUUAUCUACUAAUUGUCUGUAUGACACCGAGUGUGAUGUACUAAUUAUGUCUACUGCAUGCAAUUAUAAACUGUUCAUUGAUGAAGCUAUUUCGUGCACUGCUUUAACACGAGCACGUCAUUCUUUAUUUAUAUGUGGAAAUUUUAAACAUUUUCAGACAAAUCCGUUUUGGAAACAUUUAGUAGCAGAUGCUCAAGAGCGAAACUUAGUAAGACGUAUUUAUGAAAAAACUAUGUAUAACUUGGAUGACUUACAUAAUGUAAUAAAACUUUAACUUUUUUGAUAAUGUCUACUUAG